AUGAAGAUCUCCGCCUUCAUCGCCUCCGCCAUCCUUGCCGCCUUGCCAGUUCCUGCCCCCGUCGCUCCACCCGCUGCUGAGGGAACGAGAUGGCCCGUUUGGGGGCGUGAUGCUGAAGCCGCUCCCGUCGCUGCACCCGCUGCUGAGGGAACGAGAAAGCCCGUUUGGGGACGCAACGCUGAAGCAGCACCCGCUGAAGCAACGCAUAAGCCCGUCUGGGGACGCAACGCUGAAGCAGCACCCGCUCCUAGCCCACAGAAGCAUAAGCCCGUCUGGGGACGCGCUCCUGAAGCUGGGAAGUGGGUGUAUCCCGGAACGAAGCCCGUUUGGGGUCGCAACGCUGAAGCAGCACCCGCUCCUGGCCCACCGAAGUGGGUGUAUCCCGGAACGAAGCCCGUUUGGGGACGCAACGCUGAAGCUGCUCCCGCUCCCAACCCACAGAAGCAUAAGCCCGUCUGGGGACGCGACGCUGAAGCUGCUCCCGCUCCUGGCCCACCGAAGUGGGUGUAUCCCGGAACGAAGCCUGUUUGGGGACGCAACGCUGAAGCUGCUCCCGCUCCCAACCCACAGAAGCAUAAGCCCGUUUGGGGACGCGAUGCUGAAGCUGCUCCCGCUCCUGACGCAGGGAGAAAGCCAGUUUGGGGGCGCGACGCUGAAGCUGCUCCCGCUCCUGACGCAGGGAGAAGGCCAGUUUGGGGGCGCAACGCUGAAGCUGCUCCCGCUCCUAACCCACAGGGUGGGCCCCUUUGGGACACCAAAGUUGGCGCGGCCGAAGACGAUGAGGAGUAA